AUGGAUAACAUUGAUUGCAACGACGACGACAUUGCUGGCGAUGACGUGGAUGACGAUGACAACAAUGAGGAAGAUGAUGAUGAGGAGGAGGAUGAAAAUGAGGAUGAUAAAGCUUCGGGCAAGAAGAGGAAGAAGAUCCAUAAGAUCAUUACGAGCAAGAAGUUGUCGAAAGAAACCAUCGAUGCUGCCAAAGCUGAGGAGGAGAGGAGGAAGAGAAUCGAUGAAAGACAGAAGCUGGUUGGUGCUUUCAAUCAAGUUGUGGUUGAAGACACGAGUUCACCGACAAAAUGUCCAAUGACAACCAAGUUGGUUCUUGAGGCAGACCCCGAGACCAACGAACCCCUCAUUGAGGUGCACAAGAAGGUCAUCUGCAAGUUGAAGCCACACCAAGUUGAAGCUGUGAAGUUCAUGUGGAAUUGUUGCGUGGAGUCGUUGGAAAUGUUGAAGAAGGAAGAGGGGUCUGGAUGCAUCCUGGCCCACUGCAUGGGACUUGGGAAGACUCUCUCUGUCAUUUCGUUUGUGCACACGUUGUUGCGUCAUAAGAAGCUGACCAGAAUGACCACAUGUCUGGUACUCACCCCCCUCAACACCAUCCUCAACUGGGAAUCUGAAUUUGAAAGGUGGCUCAAAGGGGCACAACCGCUUGAUGUGUAUGAGAUGUCCACCGUGAAAGACAACUGGAGUCGUAGUGAGGUGAUCAAGACGUGGAGGACUGAGGGAGGGGUGCUCAUAAUGGGCUACGAUAUGUUCCGCACGCUCUCACAACUCACUCGAGUCAAAAAUAAAAAGCAGAAACAAAUUAUACUGGAGGGCCUUCUAGAUCCUGGGCCUGACCUGGUAGUGUGUGACGAGGGACACAUACUGAAGAACGAUGCAACAGGGCUGUCGAAGGCCUGCGUGAAGAUUAGGACCAAGAGAAGGGUGGUGCUGACUGGCACACCCUUGCAGAACAACCUCAAUGAAUAUCACUGCAUGGUGAACUUCGUGAAGCCGAACUUGCUUGGUACUCGUAAGGAGUUCUUGAACAGGUUCGUCAAUCCAAUAACAAAUGGUCAGUGCUCUGACUCAACGCCGAGAGAUGUGAAGAUCAUGAAGAACAGGGCGCACGUGCUCCACGAAACACUGGCUGGAUGUGUACAGAGACGAGAUUAUUCAGCUUUAACGAAGUACUUGCUGCCAAAAUACGAAUAUGUCCUGUCGAUCAGGCUGUCGAGUGUCCAGACAAAGUUGUACGAGACGUAUUUGAAAAGGAUGUCGUCGGGGGAGAUGAUGGGUCCCAUUGGACGGGGAUCCAGGAUAUUCACUGAUUAUCAAAACCUCAUGAAGAUCUGGACUCAUCCAUGGGUCUUGAAGUUGGAUGAGAUCAGACAGGAAUGCAAGCGCAAUUACAAAGAUGAUGCAGAUUCUUUCAUCGAUGAUUCCAAUGAAGAAUCUUUCCCUGAGACUGGAGAGAAAAAGAAAUGCAAGUCAUCGAAGAAGGAAGGGAAAGAUGAGGAGAUGGACGAGGAUGACGACGAUGACAACAACGAACAUCUCGGAGAAAUUGUUAAGGGCUGGAAGUCCCGAAGCAGAAGAGGGGAAGCUCCAACACCUGACGAGAUAAAGAGGGAGGUUGAGGAGAAGAUGAAGGAAUCGACGGAAAACAAGAUAUCAGAUGAAUGGUGGGCGGACUUCCUGAAACAUGAAGAUGAAUUCGACAUCAGCAUCAGUGGAAAGUUGAUCCUGCUUGCCGAGAUUCUCAAACUCUGUGAAUCCAUCGGAGAUAAAGUAUUGUUAUUCAGUCAGUCACUCCUGUCGUUGGACCUCAUCGAAAGAUUCCUACUGCAUUGGGACAAACAUGUUGCUGAGGAUCCAAGCAAGCAGAUUGCAGGCACUCAAGGAUGGGACAAGGGAAUUGAUUACAUUCGAAUGGAUGGUUCAACCAGUGCACAGAACAGACAGGAUUGGACCAACAUGUUCAACGAUGAAUCCAAUCAACAAGUGCGACUGUUCUUGAUAUCAACGAAGGCAGGCUCACUUGGGAUCAACCUGGUUGCAGCCAACCGAGUCAUCAUAUUCGAUGCCUCCUGGAAUCCAACACACGACGUCCAGUCCAUCUUCAGAGUCUACAGGUUUGGACAGACGAAGCCUGUCUAUGUCUACAGAUUUCUUGCGCAGGGGACGAUGGAGGAGAAGAUCUACGAGAGGCAGGUGAUGAAGCAGUCCCUGGCACAGAGGGUCAUCGACGAACAUCAAAUUGAGCGCCACUUCACGUCAGCUGAUCUUAAUGAGUUGUACAAUUUCAAACCUGACGUAUACAAUCCCAACAAUGAAAAUCCCACUCCAAAGUUACCACAAGAUAGGUUGCUGGCCGAAUUGAUGACCGACUGCAAGGAGUGGAUCGUGCAGUACCACGAACACGACUCCCUCCUCGAGAACAGGCCUGAGGAGGAGCUGACCGAGGAAGAGAGGAAGGCUGCGUGGGAGGAGUUCGAGCAGGAGAAGAAGGGGGUCUUCACCAACAGACACAACCCUCUUUAUUCAAGUCUGUAUUUUUUCAGUUGCUCUCUCUUUCUCUCUCUCUCUCUUACUCCCUCUUUCUCUUAUUCCUCUCUCUUUAACUCAUUUCUCUCUCUUUUUCUCAUUCCUCUCACUCUCUCUUUCUCUCAUUUUCUUUUUCUAUCAUUCUUCUUUCCUCUGUCUUUUUCUCUUUUUUUCUUUUUCUUGUAA